UGUCUGCUCUGCAAACCCGGUUUCCUCUGACUGGCUGCUGAGAGACACUUGGAAAUGGCAUUUACAUAGAUUCGGGCAUGUUAAACUUCAGCAGUCCAGUACAUUAGCCUAUUCACUAGAGAAUGGUCAGAAAGAAAUCCUGAAGUCUUUCCCCCUAUCUCCCACUGAGUCGAACAACAAAGGGGAAAGAAAAUGAGUGACACAGAAGGAGGAGACAGCGGAGACAAAAUCCGUAAAUCUGAGAAGGACCAGAGUUGGAUCCCCAAAAUCAUAAAGAAAAGAGUCUGCACCACCUUUGUAGAAGAUUCUUUCAGUAAUGGUGUGCUUUGCCAGUGUGGGGGUGCGAGAGAUGCCCAUGCCUCUGUGGCUCUCGGUGACUAUUUCAGCACGGCGAUCGUCAACCACUGGGACAGCGCCCAGCACUCCUCUGAGUACCCAACUGAUGCCUUUGGAGAGCUGCAGUUUGCAGGAGCCAGCAAGAGGCAUAGCCAUUUCCUCCGUCUGUCAUGGGACACAUCCCCGUCUAUGGUCUACACCCUGAUGACAGCCCAUUGGGGCCUGCCUGCGCCCAAUCUAGUGGUUUCUGUUGUGGGUGGAGAAGGAAGGACAAAAGUGAAGACCUGGGUACGGGAGGUCCUCAGGCAGGGACUGGUGAAAGCCUCACAAAGCACAGGAGCGUGGAUCCUGACGGCAGGCUUACGUGAGGGUGUGGGGAGAUGUGUUGGAGAGGCGGUGAGGGAUCAUGCCACUGCAGCCUCGUCGGUGUCCCUCAACAAGGUGGUGGCGCUGGGCAUCGCUCCCUGGGGCCUGGUGCACAAUCGACAGCAGCUCGUCAACCCUCAGGGCAGCUUUCCUGCUAAGUACUUCGUCCAGAAUACGACCCGGGACUCCUGUUGCCUGGACAACAACUACCAGGCCUUCCUGCUUGUAGACGAUGGGAGUGUGGGGCGCAGAGGGGGGGAUACGGGGUUCAGGGCCAAACUGGAGGACUACAUCUCCCACCAGCGCACAGGCAUCUGGGGCAGUGGCAGCAUUGACAUCCCUGUCCUUUGUAUGCUGGUGUCUGGGGAGGCGAGCAUGCUGGAGAGAGUGGAUCUUUCCCUGAAGAACAACAUGCCCUGGCUGGUGCUGGCGGGCUCAGGAGGCGUGGCUGACUUCUUGAGUGAUGUCUUGGAGAACCUGGCGUCGGCCCCGACGGUCCAGUCCUCCAGCGAGGGUGAUGGCGAGGCGGGUCCCAGCGUGGAUCUGAAAGACAGAGUGGCAGAGCGGGUUAAAAAGUAUUUCCCUUCUGAAGCGGAGACGGACAAACUAGUUGAACGAGCUCUGAGUAUCUACCAGAACAGAGAUUUGAUUACGAUUUACCACGGAGAGCAGGAGGGCCCAAAUGAUUUUGAUACAGUCCUGCUCAAAGCCUUAGUGGGAGCCAGUAAGCACCGUGCGUCAGUCGAUGCCAGCCCUUACAAUGAAGAGCUGAAGCUGGCGGUCACAUGGAACAGGGUCGACAUUGCCAAGAGCGAACUCUUCAAUGGAGACAUCCACUGGAGGUAUGAAGACUUGGAAGACUCAAUGACCGAUGCCUUGAUCAACGACAAGCCGCAGUUUGUGCGUCUUUUCACUGAGAACGGCCUCAACAUCCUGGACUACCUGACUUAUGGCAGGCUGGAAAGCCUCUACCACUCAGUGGCUGAUGGGACACUUCUUUACCAUCUGCUAAAGCGCCACCUCAUGGAGCGGGUUGGAAUUUCUACUCCGUCUAACCAGCAAGGCUCACCUUCUAAAGUGGAAGCAGAGAAGAUGCAGAGCGGGCCAGUGAAGGAAAUCAGCCUUUUUGAGGUGUCAAGUGUCCUGGAGUUGUUGAUGGGUGAUGUCUGCAAGCCAUUCUACUAUGAUGCUUUGGGCUUAGAACAGAUCACAUCCAAGAGGAGGGCUCUUCGGCGUGCCAGUAAGCUGCUCCGCGGAGACUGCUUGUAUCGGGAGAGACGCUGCCUCUUCCCCUGGGCUUCACUUUUCAUCUGGGCCGUCCUGCAGAACCGCAGCAAUAUGGCCACUUUCUUCUGGGAGAUGGCAGGGGAGUCAGUGCUGAGCGCUCUGAGCGGCUGUAAGAUCCUGAGAGAACUGUCCAAGCUGGAGAUUGAGAAUGAGACCAAACUGUCCAUGAAAGAGCUGGCCCAGAGGUUUGAGAACCUGGCACAUGACAUCUUCAGCUCUUGCUAUCGGAGCAAUGAGAGUCGCUCUUUCACCCUGCUGAUCAGGCAGUCUCCAGUCUGGGGCGGUACCACCUGCCUCCAGAUGGGCAUGAGCGCUGACGCACGGCUCUUCUUCAGCCAUGACGGAGUACAGUCUCUGUUGUCCCAGAUCUGGUGGGGGGACAUGAAGAGGAACACGGAGGUGUGGAAGCUCCUGCUCACCUUCUUCUGCCCCAUCCUCUGCUACACCAACCUUAUUUCCUUCAGGAAACAUGAGGACCAGCAGAUAGAAGAGGAGAAGCCUAAUGAGGACGGGCCGGGCCGGGACAGCGACAGCCUCUAUGGCACCACCAUCUUUUCUUUCUCUGACAUCAAGCACAUUGAAGCUGACGCACAAGACGCACUCACUCCCCGGACAGCAACCAUCAAAGGCAUACCUCACACUCACAGACCACCAAAGCGUCCAUUCAUAGUGUCAAGAUGGCGCCAGUUCUGGUUUGCACCCGUCACCUCAUUUUUGGGCAACGUCCUGAUGUACUUCCUCUUCCUGCUUCUUUUCGCCUACGUGCUGUUGGUGGACUUCAAGCCCCCUCCACCCUCUGGUCCGGCCAUCACCGAGUACGUGCUGUACUUCUGGGUAUUCACCAUCGUGUGUGAGGAGAUCCGGGAGACUUUCUUUUUGGGGACGAUGACUUGGCGUCAGAGGUUCAGGGUGUACAUUCAGGAUGUGUGGAACAAGUGUGACCUCACUGCCAUCACGCUGUUCAUCAUAGGACUAAUCUGCAGGAUGUUCGACUGGUCGUACGGAUUUGGUCGGGAUGUCCUUUGUGUGGACUACAUGGUCUUCACCCUUCGCCUCAUUCACAUCUUUGCCAUUCACAAACAGCUGGGACCAAAAAUCAUCAUUGUUGGCAAGAUGAUGAAGGAUGUUUUCUUCUUCCUCUUCUUCCUGGGGGUGUGGCUCAUGGCAUACGGAGUAGCCAACCAGGCUUUACUUUAUUCCUACGACCCUCGCCUGGAUCGCAUCUUCCGCCGGGUUUUCUACAGGCCGUAUCUGCACAUCUUCGGACAAAUCCCCGUGGAAGAGAUAGACGUGGGGAAGGAGUGGGGCAUGAGCUGCACACACAACGUGACAUUGAUUGAGGGCGGUGCAGAGCCGUGCAGAACACUGUACAGUAACUGGCUGGUGGUAAUUCUGCUGGUCGUUUAUCUGCUGGUCACCAACAUCCUGCUCAUCAACCUGCUCAUCGCCAUGUUUAGCUACACCUUCUCUGAAGUGCAAGCGAACAGCGACAUCUACUGGAAGUUCCAGCGCUACAACCUGGUUGUUCAGUACCACUCUCGUCCGUCCCUGGCACCCCCUUUCAUCAUCCUCUCUCACAUCAAUCUCUUUAUCAAGAGGAACAUCCGCAAGGUGCCCUCGAUCAAGAUCCACCACUUUGUACUGCAGUUAAGAGGGAAAGCAGCUAACAAGCUAAUGACGUGGGAAACCAUUCAGAAGGAGGACUUCCUAACUGCACAGACCAAGAUCCAGAAAAGCAGCGACUCCGAGAGGCUCAAGCGGAUGUCUGUCAAAGUGGAUGGUGUGCUUAAACAUCUGACUGAAAGCAGAGACUUUGACCACAGACUAAGGGCUCUGGAGAAUGAGAUGGAGUAUUGCUCAAACGCUCUCAGCUGGAUUGUGGAAACUUUGGCCCAAAGCAACACAUUCAAACCUCCCCGGCCUCCACCGACAUUAAGAGAUGCGUUCCCUUCUUCUUCCACUUCCACCUGAUUCAGCCUCGUGAUGCCUUCACUUGCUCAGGGUCAGUAAAAGACAAGACUGGAUGGCUUUUGGCUUAGGCUGCUCUAAUGCCACGCACCCACCAGUCUCAGUGUUUUCCAGACUGGACACAUUCACCAAAGGUUAUCAGUGAGUCUUAAUUUAAAAAAGAGAACAGAUAUCAUAUGACAUCACUUCUUAUUACAGUACUGAGCAAAUGUAAAAGAUGAUAAUUUAAGUGUGCAAUCUAUCUUACUUUAAUGCCAAAGACAAGAGCAUGUAUUUAUGAUGUGGUAUGAUAUAUUAUAUGUAUUUUAUUUACCAAUGCUAUUAUGUCUUUAUUGCUGUAGUUUUAAGAUGGCAGCUGGAAUUCUGUUUUUAAGGUUUUUAUAGUUUUUGUUGUUACAUUCAAACUAUGAUGUUGUUACCAGGGCUACAUUAGUUGCAGAUAGUAUCACGUUUGUGUUCAGUUAUUUUUUGGCUAAAGGGUUGCUUUACACAGUCUGAAAUGUUAAAUUGUGUAUUUGUAUUGCUACAUUAUUUUAUUCUGUUCAAUAAAUUGUACAUAUAAUGAA